AUGGUCAGUUUCCAACAUUACCAAAAUAUAAUAACAGAAACUUGCCAAGGUUUCGAGGUGUUCGAGUGAAAGAAAAAAGAGGACAAAUUAAUUUUUAAUCCAAUUUAAAUGGACGAGAAAGUUUUUGAAAAGAGGAAACUUGAUCUAUUUAUCCAGUUAUUUAAAAAUUGCUUUAUUUGAAGGAAUUGUUGUCUUGUGUACGCGGCACACCAAAUCCAAUCGUGAUUCACUGUUCGGCAGGAAUCGGCCGGACUGGGACCAUCGUAGCCAUAGAGUACAUCUUAGGUGAGCCAUCCUACCGUAAUACCGUGUGAAAGUAGUAUGUAAAAAGUCGACGCUGGUGCAACUUUUUGCCCAAACUUGAUUUUUUACACUUUUUCACUAUUCUAAUGCACUAAAUCAUCAAAAAUCAUGCUUAACAUAUCAAAAAUCCAUAAUUUCUGGAAAAUGAGCAUUUUGGGCUAGCUCACCUUCUGCCCACUUGCCCAGGGCUAACGUUUUCAGAUAUAUUAACCACUGAAAGACAAAAAAUAACGCCCUCCACCCCCUCAGAAAAACGGCGGAUUUCAUCAUGAAAGAUCAGAGCCCCACCUUCUUAUCAUUGGGGGGAUCGAAUCCCCGACCUUUCGAAUGGAAGUCCGACGCUCAUUUAGAGCACAAAGGCGCUUAUUGUAUAUCCAACAUUGAUAAGUCAUCUGCCUUUCUUGACGUUUUUUCGACUAACCGCAACUCAAAAAAUUUUGAAAUUCCUUGUAUUUUUCCAACCGGCAAACCAUUUUCUGUUCACCCCGACUUUUCUCCUCUCAACAUUCAUAAAUUCAUUUCUAAAUUGGCUCCCAAAACUGGCUUCUCAUCUGAUCUCAUGAAUUUCUAUGUUUUAAAGCAGUGUAGAGAUACCCUUUCUGUUCCGCUGUCAAUUCUCUUCACAGAUUCAUACUUCUCUUGUGUUGUUCCUCAAUCCUGGAAACUUUCUCACAUUGUUCCUAUUCAUAAAAAAGGCAAAAAGUCUGAUCCCGAAAAUUAUAGACCCAUAAGUCUCACUCAUCCUCUCGCAAGACUCAUGGAGCGAAUAAUUGCCACCCACAUUAAAUCUAGCUUCAAACUCAAAUUUUCUCCUCGUCAGUUUGGCUUCCUCAAUAAUCGAAGUUGUACUCUUGCUCUCCUCGACUCUGUUACAAACUGGAAACUUUCUAUUAGUAGGGGAUUACCAAUCGAUGUCGUUUAUUUUGAUUUCAUGAAAGCUUUUGAUUAUGUCCCACACAACCUUCUUAUUGCCAAACUAGAAACUUUCGGAUUCCAUCCUACCAUGGUCAAAUGGUUUAAAACUUUCCUCUCUGGCCGCACAUCUAGAGUUUUAAUUGAUGGCCUAGCUUCCGAUGAUAGCUUCAACGUGGUCUCAGGAGUCUUGCAAGGCACUGUCACUGGCCCUCUUCUUUUCCUGAUUUUUGUCAACGACCUACCAGAUAUCUUCGACUCUUCCGUUACUUCAUAUUUGUUCGCCGAUGACUUGAAAAUUUCUUCCGAUAACCCUGAUGCUAUCCAAGACAGUAUAAAUAGAUUGCUCGAUUGGUCUAAAACUUGGGGCCUCCCAGUUGCGGCCAAUAAAACUGUUGUUCUUCAUCUAGGCAGGAACAAUCCUGAACAUGUUUACAAUGUUAAUGGCUCACCUAUUCGAUCUGAAACUGUUGUCAGAGACCUUGGUCUCCUUAUCGAUAAAAAUUUGUGUUUCAGCCCUCACAUUAAUCAUGUAGUCAACAUUGCCACUCUCAAAUCUAAACAGCUGCUCAAAGCUUUUGCUCACUUGAACAUCCAGCAGUAUAACUUACUAUUCAACAUGUACGCUAGACCCUAUCUUGACUAUUGCUCUGAAAUCUUCUCACCGCCUAUAAACUCAGAACUGUCCGUGCUACUUGAAAAACCUUACCGUCAUUAUACUAGGCAAGUUUUCAUGAGACGUAAUAAAUCCUUUGACACAUACUCCCAUCGCCUUGAUGUACUCGGUUCUACUCACGUUUUCCGUAGGAGAACUUCUAUUGCUCUAGUAACCCUUCAAAAAAUCGUCCUGGGCAUUUACCACUUUCCUAGCGCAGAAAAGUUUUUCAGUAGAAGUCGUUCACCUCGGUAUCCUUUUCGUUUGAUUCAGACUGGUCCCAGAUUUAAUAGUUUUUUUUAGCACUGUCAUUCCUCUUUGGAAUAGACUCUGCUCAAGAUUCAACCCUAACACGUCUACCACCCGUUUCAGAAAGUUUCUCGACUCGCUAAGCAACGAAGAACUCUUUCCAACAUUCCCUUACGUCUACUGUGAUCAUAAAUCCUACUACGUGUCCUAUUCUCUAUACCGGUAAAUUCGCUCGUGAGGGCGUAUUAAAACCGGUCCUAAUUUUACUCUAAUAUAAUUCUUGCUCAAGCUAUGUAUCUUUAUUUGUAGUUCAUUUUGUUUUAUGUAUCAGAGUGAAAUAAAUAUUCAAAUAUUCAAGGGGAAUACAGUCGCAUGUGGGAAGAAAGAGCAACACAACAUCGUUGCACACACACACUCUCUCUCUCUCUUCGCUCUCUCACGCCCCUCACUGCUGGCUGUCUCCUCUGCGUCUCUGCCAGGCCGCGCUGAGUACAUAGACGAGAUUCACUCUAAGGCAAGAGGGCUCCUCAAUGGCUCAGUCGGUAGCAGGUUGCCCCACCAAGAAGGACGGUAGUUCGACUCCCAUGUGCGCCCUAGUUUUUUGCCUUUUUUGUUUUACUUAUUACUUUGGUUUUUACAAUCAAACAAAGUCAAGAAGGGAAAAAUAGAAGCGUUUAACACAAGUGUUGAAGUUUUGUUUUUUAUUAAAAGACUACUUUUGGUCUCCGAAAAGACCUGAAGCCAUUAACCAAUCUAGAUCUCCUUGAGCUUGUAAAUGUACUCGAAAUCAAGAACUUCCGAGGUAUUUACAUGCAAGACACUUUACCACCACAAGGAAUUGGAGAAACAGAAGAGAGGGGAAGUGGUUACACCUACACGGAGAAAGUGAACGCUGAUGACCUUUUUACAUCACACUCAAAAAAAAGAACUCGACGAGUUUGGUCACACUCUAAACCUUCUCGAAGGUGCUAUUUCUUCAGUUUUGCUUCAUUUUCUAGCAUAAAGAGCGUCGGACUUCCAUCCGAAAGGUCGGGGGUUCGAUCCCCCCAAUGAUAAGAAGGUGGGGCUCUGAUCUUUCAUGAUGAAAUCCGCCGUUCUUCUGAGGGGGUGGAGGGCGUUAUUUUUUGUCUUUCAGUGGUUAAUAUACCUGAAAACGUUAGCCCUGGGCAAGUGGGCAGAAGGUGAGCUAGCCCAAAAUACUCAUUUUCCAGAAAUUAUGGAUUUUUGAUAUGUUAAGCAUGAUUUUUGAUGAUUUAGUGCAUUAGAAUAGUGAAAAAGUGUAAAAAAUCAAGUUUGGGCAAAAAGUUGCACCAGCGUCGACUUUUUACAUACUACUUGUGAAAACGUCUCACUCCAACGGAGGGGAAUAAAAUCAAAGCCAGGGGCACUAAAACUGUUGAAAUGGUAAACUAAAGUUCUCUCAUGACGCUUCAAACACUGGGGUUUUUUAUCGUUGUUAAAAUUAAAUGGUUGAAAUUUGAAACUUCAAAACUAGCAAAAAACGAGAAAAGAAUUUCGACAAGGCGGGUCUAGAAAAUUCUUCUAUUGGAAAUAUUUCAGAGAAAAUGGUGAAGGGUGUGAUCCCACUAUCGAUGUUUGAAAUUCUGAAGGAACUUCGCGCUCAGCGGGCAUUUACCAUUCAAAAUGAUAUCGUAAUUUUUUUUUUCUGUACCUUAUACUUAUUUCAUACAUAUUUUUUAUCUGAUGAGACUUUUUUGGAGCCUAGUCUUUUUUAUCGAAUCUCCCCCAACAGAACUUUCCAAUAUAUCAGGCUGAAUUAUUUAUAGUUCACCGUUUUCAAUGUCUUCCCUCGCAGAAAACGAAGUUAUUUCAGCAAUAUUUGUUCGUUCACCGUGUGAUACUGGGCUACUUCCUUGAAAAGCACGGGGGAAAAUAUUUCAAAGAAGAAUACACGGAAAGAUUCAAAAAGUCAUAAAUACUCUGUUCUCCUUCAUAUAUUAUGCUUCAGAUUCUGCGAAGAGUACGAACAGGCGUUACUUCCAGGUCAAUGA